CUACGGACAACAAGCUAGUUAGCGGCCGUUGGAAACAAAACAGCGAGUUUUACUGACUCUUUAUCAAACCUUCACUCUGUUUGGUCGGGUUCGUGCCUAAACGGCUCGUUUCCAGUUUCGACUGUUUGCCGUGCUCAUACAAAAGCUCAAAGUCUGCUAGUAGAGAUGGGGGUGCCGAAAUUUUACCGCUGGAUUUCUGAACGCUAUCCUUGUCUCAGUGAAGUUGUCAAAGAACACAAGAUUCCAGAGUUCGACAACCUUUAUCUGGACAUGAAUGGCAUCAUCCACCAGUGCUCUCACCCGAAUGAUGAAGAUGUCCAUUUUCGCAUAUCUGAGGAGAAGAUCUUUGCAGACAUUUUCCAUUACCUGGAGGUACUGUUUCGGAUCAUCAAGCCACGCAAGGUCUUCUUCAUGGCUGUGGACGGUGUGGCACCAAGGGCAAAGAUGAAUCAGCAAAGAGGACGCAGAUUCAGGUCCGCCAAAGAAGCAGAGGAGAAGAUUAAAAAAGCGCUGGACAAAGGAGAGGUUCUUCCAACAGAAGCUCGCUUCGACUCCAACUGUAUCACUCCUGGAACUGAUUUCAUGGCGAGACUACAGGAACAGCUCAAGUACUUUGUCCACAACAAGGUGUCUACAGACAAACUGUGGCAAAACGUCAAAGUCUUCUUGUCGGGUCAUGAGACACCGGGUGAAGGAGAACAUAAGAUCAUGGAGUUUAUCCGUUCUGAGAACGCCAAACCGAAUCAUGAUCCCAACACCCGACACUGCCUGUAUGGCCUGGAUGCUGACCUGAUCAUGUUGGGCUUAACCAGUCAUGAGCAUAAUUUCUCCCUGCUCAGAGAGGAAGUCCGCUUUGGAGGAAAAAAAUCCCAGAAAAGAAUAACGGCUCCAGAGGAGACAACUUUUCACCUGCUGCAUCUGUCUCUGAUGAGGGAGUACAUCGACUAUGAGUUCUCAGAGCUAAAGCGUCAUAUGGGUUCUGAUUAUGAUCUGGAGCGAAUAAUAGACGACUGGAUAUUAAUGGGGUUCCUCGUAGGAAAUGAUUUCAUCCCUCACCUCCCUCAUCUUCACAUUAAUCAUGAUGCUUUGCCGUUGCUGUACAAAACUUACGUCAGUGUACUACCCGGCCUGGGGGGCUACCUGAAUGAGAAUGGCUAUUUAAACCUCAGAAAUUUUGAGAAAUACCUGGAGAAACUUUCUGAGUUUGACCGGGAACACUUUAGCGAAGUGUUUGUUGACUUGAAGUGGUUCGAGAGUAAAGUCGGCAACAAAUAUCUGAACGAGUCGGCCGGUCUGGCAGCCGAGCAGGAAGCGGUGAUCCGAGCUGGGAGAAAGACAGAGGACACUUCUAUUCAUCUCACCACCUUGACCUCACCGGAAAAAGUGGCUGAACAAGAAAAAAAAGACAUGGCAGAUGAUGUUGAGGAGGAGGAAGAGGAAGAUGAGAUGUUUGAAACAGAGUUCAGACAAUACAAACGGACAUACUAUAUGACCAAGAUGGGCGUGGAUGUGGUCUCUGAUGAAUUUCUCGCCAAGCAAGCCAAAUGCUAUGUGGAAGGCAUCCAGUGGAUUCUUCACUACUACUACCACGGUGUUCAGUCAUGGAGCUGGUACUAUCCUUUCCACUAUGCCCCGUUUUUGUCUGACAUCCGAAACAUAUCAGAGUUGAAGCUGACCUUUGACCUCGGGAAACCCUUCAUGCCUUUCCAGCAGCUGCUUGCUGUCCUGCCUGCUGCCAGCAAGGAGCUGCUCCCAGAGAGCUACAGGGACUUGAUGACCAGUCCAAACUCUCCCAUUAUCGAAUACUAUCCUCUUGACUUCAAAACUGACCUCAAUGGAAAGCAGCAGGAGUGGGAAGCUGUGGUGCUCAUUCCGUUCAUAGACGAGACGUGCCUUUUAGCAGCUAUGGAGCCUUUCAGUUCCAAACUGACGAAGGAAGAGAAGGCCAGGAACCGGCACUCGGAGUGCGGCUUGUACUCCUACGACCCAGACAUUGACUUCACAUACGCCUCCUCCCUGCCGCAGCUCUUCCCAAACAUCGUCCAUUGUCAUGUCAGGGAAGUCCAGAUCCCCAUGGAUGCCUGGCAUGUGCCAUCAGACCACGUCAGCAAGCGCGUUGACCGCUCGACUUUAUACUUCUGUGGUUUCCCCACUCUGCACCACAUCAAGCACAAGUUUUAUAAGAAGAAGAGCGGAGUGGUCGUGUUCCAGCAGAGCAGCAGAGGAGAAAACAUGAUUCUGGACAUCCUUCCUAGUCAGGAUGGGGAAACGAUAUGUGAUCAUGUUGCUGCAGACCUUUUGGGGAAGCCCGUGUUUGUCAACUGGCCCCAUCUAGAGGAAGCUCGUGUUAUUGCGGUGUCGGAUGGCGAAACCAAAUUUGCUAUAGAGGAGCCUCCUGGAGUCCAACAAGUGUAUGACAGGCCGUCCAGUCCUCCACCCACUAAAGUAACUUAUCUGUCUGACAAAGAGCAGAAGGACUGGGUGAAGGAUGUCCAGGGAAUCACUGAACACUUCUUCAAGAGGAAAGGCAUCGCAGUGAACGAGACAACCGUGCUUUUGUACGGUCAGAUGCUGACAGGAAGGAAGUAUGUCCCUAAAGCCAGUGGAGUGGUGGAGCUGGAAAAACAGUGGGCCAAGCAGGUUCUCCCAUUCGCCUACCAGACUGUGGUUAAGGACAUCAAGGCCUUUUACUCAUCUCUGACCUGCUUUAAGAGUUUGGAUGAACUUUUUCCUCCGUCAACGACAGUCUUCAUGGUGGGAAGCCCUUACUAUGGUGCCAUGGGAGAGGUUCAAGACUCCCAAGAUGUCAUCAAAGACGGUCGGAUACGAGUGGUUUUCAGUGUGCCUCAUGAGCCGCAGCUGGAACACUUGAUCCAGAAUCAGCAUAAAUACUCGGUCAAGUACUGCCCAGGCUACGUCCUGGCUUCCCGCCUCGGCGUCAGCGGCUACCUCGUCUCCCGCUUCUCAGGAAGCAUCUUCAUCGGCCGAGGCUCCAAGAAGAAUCCAUGCGGGGAGCAGAGAGCUAACGUCGGGCUUAACUUGAAGUUCAACAAGAAGAACGAGGAGGUUCCUGGGUACACCAAGAGAACGGAGAAAGAGUGGCUCUACUCUGCUGCUGUGGAGGAGCUGCUUGCUGAAUACCUGGACAGAUUUUCUGAAGUUUUUGAUGCAGUGUCCAGAAACAGUCACGACGACGUGUUCUACGAAGACGACAUCUGGCCGGGAGAGGAUCAGAACGGGGCGGAGAAGGUGGCUGAAAUCACCUCCUGGUUGAAAAGUCAUCCAGUCAGCUCCACCAGCAGGACGUCAUGCGACCUCCAGGUUCUGGACUCUGCCAUUGUGGAGAAGAUCGAGGAAGCCGUGGAAAAGACCAAGGUGAAGAAGAGCACCAAGAAAGUCCGCGUGACGGUCAAGCCUCAUCUCCUGUUUCGGCCCCUGGAGCAGCAGCAGGGCGUGGUCCCAGACCCCGAGGCCGAGUACCGGCUGUUUGACAGAGUCGUCAACAUCAGGGAGAGCUUCACCGUCCCGCUGGGACACAGAGGGACGAUCAUUGGCAUUAAAGGAGCGGACCGCGAGGCUGAGGUUCUCUAUGAGGUCCUGUUUGAUGAGGAAUUUGCUGGAGGUCUUAACAUCAGGUGUACCUCCCCCCGCGGUUACCGCCUCCCUCCCUGCGCUCUCAUCAACUUGUCCCACGGCACCCGGCUGGACCACGGCUCCCACAAACUCACCGCCAUCGUCAAACCGCAGCCAUCCACCAGCGCCAACUUCAGCAUGCAGCGCCUGGCGGGCCUGAAUCACUCGCCCCGCUCACCCUUUGUGCCCACACAGCACAACAAGAACGCCGUGGCGUCUCAGGGUAACAAAACCCCAUCUAAAGGUCCCAAUCAGAAACAACAAGCUAAGUCUAAAGAGGAGUACAACAACGUGUGGCAAUUGCUCCAGAAGAACGGCCCUCCCAGCCAACCUCCAGCUCACUGGCACAAUGAUGGAGCAGCUUUACAACAAGGAAAGAAUCAGCGUUCCAGUAAAGCUGCUCCCGUCGGUGGCAUCAGACUAUUAAAGAAAAAUGAAGACCUCAACUCCUUUUUCCCUCCAAAGAACACAGCUACUAAGGGCACCACUGAGUUUGAGGAUCUUAUUGCAAACCUAAAGAUUUCCCAGGGUAACCAGCAAACGCCACCGCCUCCUGCCCCUCUGGAGGAACCCAGCAACCAGUCAGAUGGUCCGUUGUCCCCCCAGUCCUUCGCCAUGAAAGGAACCCUGGUUCUGAAGGAGAUGCUGAAGAUUGAUGGCGCCGGAAAAGGAAGCCCAACAUCCCAGGAGUCGAUAGACAGUGCGCCCCCUGCUGGCCAGCAGCAGAACAGAAAGCGAUCGAGCAAGAAGCUGGCUGCAAAAAUAAACAACCCUCCUGGGGAAUCGGUCACGCUGGCCUCUCCAGCGCCGGCUGCCUCUGCUCACGCUGCCCUGGGUGGGAAGGUGUCGGAGCUGGCUUGUUUCUGCGUGGGCGUGGGCAUGGCCCCUCCUGACUUCAGCUUUAUUCGCAACCGACAGGGUCCGGUAGUGUGUCAGGUGAAGCUGUCCAACGGGUUAAUGAUUCACGGACCUCAGUGUCAGUCAGAAAACGAAGCCAAGGAGAAAGCUGCCUUCUUUGCCCUCCAAAGACUGAACUCUCUGGGCUCCGGGUUCCCCCUCCCUCCUCAUCUAUAUCCGGGGAUAGCUCAGAUGCAGCCGCUGCCAAUGGGAGCCAUGUCACCAGUCUUCAGCCAGCAAGGCGGUUUGCUGCUGCCCUCUCAGGGCUUCGGCCCCUCCCCCCUGUGGGGAAUGACCCUGCCUCCCCACCACCACCCCACCCAGCCGUUCUACGCAGCAGCCGGAACCUUCCCCGGCGCCGUCCACACGCCGUCUCCCAACCCUCUACACAUUGGCUCACACAACCAGUUCGUCCCCUUACAGGUGACUAAAAAACGAGCAUCGGCCAACAAGAAGAACCAGGAAACCAGAGAGUUUUACAGCGCCGCCCAAACUGUUGCCAAGAACCAAUCCCUGAAAGCCCAGAGCUCUGCUCAGUCCCAACAUCAGAACCAAUCACAGGGCAGCAAACCACACCAGCCACACACACAGCAGGCCAACAGCGACCCCUCCUCGUCCAGCCCCGGCCCGGCCGACGGCGUCUCCACGAAGUCCGCGGUCCAGCACGCGCCUCCCAGACAGAGCGCGGCCCCUGCAGGCCACGCCCCUAGCUCCGCCUCCAAGAGGAAGCACAGGAAGUUGGCUGUUAACUUUGAGGCAACUAAAGUGUCAGAGUGAGCUGGGUCUGUGUUUCUGUAUACUGGAGGAGGGAGGAAAAAACAUAUUUUUUCUUAAGUUGUUUCUCUGAAUCAAAAGCUCAUCAUCGUCUCUCUGCCAUUUCAGAACAGAAAGUGGGUUAUGGAUUUUUUUUUUUUCCUUUUAAAUCCAAUCCAGAUGAAAUCAGUGCUGCAAGACGCCUUUAAAGCUUAGAUAUGCCCUCCAUGUUUUAAGCUAACAGGCAGCUGAGCAGAUCUUUUAAUGCAAUUGUGGGAUUUCUUUAUAUAAGUAAGAUGGCAUUGAGGAUCAGUUUCACCUCACAUGUUGGACUGAGCAGAAUUUGUUUUCAUAUGAACAUAUUAGGAAUGUGCGGCACAACUGAAGAGGAAAGAAUCAUUACACAGGAUUUUUUUGUUGUUGUUGUAAAUUGUAAAUAUUUCAAACAGAUUUGGGUUUAUCAAAAUACUCAUCCAAACAUCUGAAGCGACAGUUCAACCUGAGGUUUGUCUAAAAAAAAAAAAAAAAGCAUCCUGGAGAUCUAGUUGUAGGUUUUUAAAAGGGCAUUAAAAUAUUUUCUUUGCUCUUUUAAGGUGAGGUGCACUUUAAUGUUUUUUUUAAUGGCAUUUUUAAAGUGAUAAAACCCAUUUAAUUUCAUGAUUGUAACUGCAAUUAAUUGAUUUCUCUCUGGGGGCAAAUUUACAGAAAGAUCUCUAAGGUAAAACACUGCCUUAACAAUGUAAAACAAAAAGAUAUGCAUUUUAGUCGACACAAAACAUUUUUACUAGUUUUAUUUCGUCCUGUUGAGAUUUGGGCAUUUUGUAAUUUCGUAUUUUCUUUAACAAGACACUGAUUUUUUUAUUCGACCUGCUUUGAACGCCCAGGGCCACAAUUUAAUACAGUAAAUAAAUAAAUCUUUAAAUAAUUUUUAUUUUGUUUUAUAAUUGAAGGUCCGGGAUAAUGAGUUGCAUUUCAUAAAACAAAACAUACGCUCCUAAUUAUUUAAAUGUGUAAAACACAAAUAAAAUGAAAAAAAUGCAUAUUUAAAUGUGAAAUUGAUGUUAAAGUUAUGAUAUUUCUCUAGUUCAUUGUUCCAGUCUGAUAUAACGCUAAUGUACCAUUUCAUUGGUUCAUCUUCACAACAUGUCAGAUUAUAUCGUGAAAAGCACUGGUUGCCCCCCAACUGCCCUUAAAGUCAUAAUGUUUAAGUUUGCAACCAGAAAUAAUUAAAUAUUACGUCCUUUUUGUAAAUAUUGUUACAAACGGCAUGUUGGAUUUACAUUCAGUAAGUUAUUUCUAUAGAUGAUUUCAAAUUUAAAGGACAUGCUAUUAUUUAAUGAUUUAUCAAGCUUGUAAAUUGUGGCACAUUUGGGCUUCCAUAGAGAGAGCCUGACUUAAAUGUGCUCCAGUGAAACGAGGGUUUUCCCACUUGGUCCUCUUCACCGUUCUGCAUCCUUGGGGGGUCAGGGGUCGAUCGCAUCAGCCCUGCCGCAGGUCGCAGCGCGCUUUUAAUCCCGUCGGUUCAGGGAAAUCUCCAGCAAACAAACCCGGAUCGUUUUUCUCAGGGACCUCAGAUCUCGGCUCGGAUUUUCUCCGCUGCUUUUCCUGGCAGUUUUGCCCCCCCAUCUCUGUCUAUCGUUUAGUUUUUCUGAUUUUUGCAGAGAUCUUCAGUUUCUUCCUUUCUUUCUUCUUCUCUUUCUUUCUUUUGUUCUUUCCUUCUUUCUCUCUUUCGUUCUCUAUCUGUCUUUCUUUCUUUCCUUCUUUCUUUCUCUUUCUUUCCUUUCUAGCUGUAGAGGAGCUUAAGGCUUGGAUAAGCACGCUAGAUCUGGGUUCAUUCAGAGAUGUUUCAAAAUUUGUCUUUAGGUUCAUUUUUAAGCUUUAAAAUCAUUUUUAAACUUUAUACUUUAACACUGCCAAAAAAAAAAAAACUAAACAUGAAAAAAAAUGUAAAUCAUCCUGUCGUGAGUACAGACUGCUACGUUGUCUCACUUAUUUUUUUUUUUGUCAUUUCAUUUUUGCCUCCGUUAGAAUUGUUCACUACAAAACCAAAAAUAUUGUUUCACUAUUAAUCUGACUUUACUCAGCUGCAAACAAAAACCUGUUGAAAUGGAUCAGUUCAUGCAUUGUUGCCGAGUGACGAUUUAUUUUAUCGAGGUGUUGAACCUUAGGAUGAUUUUAUCCCUGAUGAUUUGGGUUAACAUAAAACAAAAAAAAACAUUUGUGUGUCCGUUUUCCUAGAGGUUUUAAUUUGACUUUAAUUGCUGUUUUGUAUAUAUAUAUAUA